GUAGUCAAGAGUUGACUCCUAAUUCUUUUCCCCGUUGAGAAGGGGUUGGUCUUACCACGAGACCCUCGAACUAAAUUCACACAAAAACUUGUGCGCUAAGUUUAAAUUUUCGAGUCAUGCUUGGUAAGCCCCACAAAUUUCGUCCUCUCCGAUUUUGUCUUCUUUCUUUGUCUUGGUGGGACCAGCAGUAUCACAUUUUGUGCCUCUUUCAACUGAGAAUUAACGUUGAAGUUUCCUACAUCGUCGAAGGAAGCUCGUGAGAAGCAGCCCUACUAGAUAAGAACUCGAGAGAGCUCGGUAUAAAAGCGUUGCCCCGAAUGACACUUCAGCUCCACAGGCGCUCGAGAUUGCAAAGGAGCGUGCUCUUCUUCUCGUCGCCGCCUUCGCUAGGAUGUCCGAUAGUACUAACUUCCAGUCGCCGGACUCGCCGGACAUGGACUUCAACAACAAGUCCGGCUUCGAGUUCUCGGAGCUCCUAGAGAUCGACGAGUGGAUAGGCGACGACCCGGCGUCCAUGGUCCACGGGGCGCCGGCGAAUAGUUAUUUUUACCAGUCCAAUGAAGCUGACGACUCCAUCGGAUCUAGCAGCAACCCCGAAGGCCCCAGCGGACCAGCAGACGCCGAAGGCGGAAAGGAGAAGAAGGAAGUGAAAGAAAAAUUCGCCUUCAAGACGGAAUCGGCGGUCGAGAUACUCGAUGAUGGGUUCAAGUGGAGGAAGUACGGGAAGAAGAUGGUGAAGAACAGUCCGAAUCCGAGGAACUACUAUAGGUGCUCGGUGGAAGGCUGUCCAGUAAAGAAGAGAGUUGAACGGGACAGAGACGACCCUCGGUAUGUAAUAACGACCUACGAGGGCAUCCACAAUCACCAAGGGCCCUUCUAGUCGCAAACAUUUGCGGAGGCCGUGCUCACAUUUGUGAAGUUUUGCUGAAGUAUGUGCUGAUGUAGAAUCAAAGAGCUGUUUUCCAUAGGAGAGGCUCAAGAGUCACUGAUAGUCUUGGUACUUUAUGCAACUCUAGUCGUUGCAGUGUGACAAAGAAUUCUUGCAGAAGCAAUUGUAAGGUACCUUACAGAUAUUUAUAAUUUAACACACCUGGUCGAGUGGUGCUCUCAAGCUCAAGGGA